AUGAUGCGAGGCAUCGAGGACCAGCCGCCCCGGCCACCGGCUCUGCUACGGCUGCCUCCUCACCUACGCCAUCGCAUAUAUCUUCACAUAGGCAUAGCCCGCCGUGACGGGCGCCCAAACACAUACUACUUGGAUGGCCGCAAGGAGUUGCCAGGAUUUACGUCGGCCUUUGACCCGCCGCCGACGCGCAACUUCACCGGCCUACUCCGGUCCUGCCGCGACCUGUACACCGAAGUCGCUGCCCUGCUAUAUUCAGCCAACCAAUUCGUUAUGCACGCCGGCAAGGCCUCCCUCGAGCCCCUUCAAGCCCUAUCGCCAAUGGCCAUCGCCUCCUUGACGAGCCUCAAGAUCGUUCUCAACGAGUGCUCGUGCCACCAUCCGGUCGACUCUAGGGACUACCCGCCGCUUUGCUGUUGCGACGACGUCGAGCAUGAGCCGGAGCCCAAUGGUAUCCGCGCCCGGUGCGCCCAGUACCAUAGGAGUACGCACCGUCGACCGCUGCUCGAUCCUGUCUCGUCGGAUCUAGACUCAACUUCCUCCAAGCUAAUGGCCCAAGCUCUACUAACUAGCUGGAACGACGCUGCGGUCCACUUGUCGUCCUAUGUUCGCCCCGGACGUCUGGCGCUCUCGUUAUAUACAGACCUGGUAACUCCCUGGAAGGAGGUCACCUGGUGCAGGAGAUAUCGCCGCUACUACCAAAUAUGCCGCCCGCCUUGUCUAGCGUCCGAGGGUAGAGGUCAGCCUUGUCAGCCUCACAUUCAUCAUGGUUGCCGGCUAAGCCAAUGCCUUGGCGUCGAUCUCCCCCCUUCGGGCAGGCCACCACCGGGCCCAGGCUGCUUUUGCCGUCGCCGACACGCUGCCUUCUCCUUCACCUGCAAUUGCUGGGCUCCACCAACUAGCAUCUUUCUCGUUUGCCACGCCUUAUACUACGAUGCCCAGCUUAUCUUCUUCUCAUAUAACCGUUUCAUCGUUCACGAUGUCCAGGCGUGGCCGGGCUGGACCCUAGACUAUAUAGUCCAGAAACCGCGGGACCCGGAAAUCGCCAGCAUCGAGGAGUCCUACCCAUACGAGCGUCUCGCUGCAUCGCAUUUCCUCCGAGAAUUCGUCCCCGCCAACUGUCUCGCCUACCUCCGCUUCCUCGAGCUUGUCUUUCCGCCCUACUGGCCGUAUAGCUGGCCCGUUGAUGACCAUCCCGCCAUAGUAGACUGGCGCGACACGGUUAAUUGGCUGCGUGGUAAGAUCGACGCACCGGCGCUUACCAUCCGUGUCGUCUUUGCCGACUUCCUUCAGAAUCCGGCGGGAAGCCGCAGUGGGACGACCAAGGACGAGGGGAAGCAGAUUGUGAGAGGCUACAUGCACGUUAUCCGAGCUUUGGAGCCCCUGCUCAAGCACGACGGUCUGGCGGCGCUAUACGUGCAGGCGGCAUUCCCUUGGGCAUGGGCACGCGACGUCCUCCUCCGACAGCUAUUAGAACCGGACGACUGGUGGACCCAGGAGCUGGCUAGGCAGGAGCAACGGCUGAAGGAGCUCUUGGAACGUAUACCAGGCUGUGAGGCGAUUGUCGAUUCACGCAACAAGCCUGAGCCGAGAAGGAGCGCUUGGCAGACCUGGUAUAAUGUAGACUGGUAUGAUCAAUAA